AUUUGACUUUACUGUGGCAUUUGUUAUUAACAAAACAAAGUAUAUAUGGGUUUAGUCUAUGGUAAAACAGCAGUUUCUCCUCCCCUAGAUGCUUUCAUUGUGGUGUUUCCCAGGGGAGCUGUCAGGAAAGAGCUGUCUAAGCUCUGGUUAGCUGAGAAUGAAUCUGCAAGCCUCACACUGCCCUGUCAGUAAGGAGAGCGAGCAUGCCUCUCUCAUGGCUCAGAGCUCAGGAGAGGCUGCCCUGCGGUCUAAUGGGCGUCUUUAGGAAUAUCUGUGAUAGUAAACACAAUAUAAAUUAUGCGAGAGCUCAACAUAGUCACACUGCCAGGCAGGUUAGUUAAACCAAAACCCAAAACAGAUGCAGCGUGCAGAUCUGUAUUGUCUUGGUCACCACAGUAUGGAACAAGUUACCAACUAUGAUCAUGGGAGUACACAGUUUUGUUGGUGGAGCCCAGGAAGAGCAGCUGCUACCUCAGCUAAUGGGGAUCCAAAUAAAGACACGAAAAACAAAGAAAUUUCAGUAGUUAUAGGAAGUAAAGCUGUUCUGUAGAAUUCAGAAUUACAACUCAGACUGCAUAUUUUUGCAGGACACAGUUAUAUUGCUUUGCUGACAAAUAUGAAAGGAUGAUAUAAAAGUUGUUGUUUUGGAGCAGAACAGCAUCUAGUCUGGUAGGCUACUACUUCAACUACUCACUUCUUCAAGAGGUAUCCACAGUACUUCAGGGAAAACAAUGGCGCUGUCAAAGCUCAACCAAGCUACUAAGAGUUUCACCAAAGCACAGGAUUACAGAAAUGACAUCAUGCUGCUGAUGCAGCCCUAUGCUAACUGGGAGCAGUAUCUAUUGCCGGCACCCGUCUCCAUCGAUUUACUGGCUCAGCUGGUACGCAUUUCUGCUGCAGAUGACUUCUCCAUCAAUAAAAAUCCACCAAAAGACGGGUUCAAAUUCAUCAGAUACCCCAAUUCUUUUAGGGCCUGCCUCUUUCAAGUAUGUAAUGGUUGCUGGCAAGCCUUUAAUGUUGCUCACAAGAACAUGGACCAAAUUCGUAUGUACACCGGACAGGUUCCAGAGUACAUCAAAAACUCAGUUGGGCUCAUAAUACAGGAGGAUGAUGGUCUUGUCCAAGCCUUCUUACCAGCUGAGCUUCAGAACAUUGCGCACAUAUCAUCAGAAUGCUUAAACCUGGCCAUCAUGACUGAGAAACAAUUCUCAGAUAUCAUCAAGCUGAUGCAAGAACUGGUGGAGGCUUUGGUGAAUGCAAGACAGAGUCAUGAUGAGGAGAUGGAAGAAAUCAAGAAAAACAUUGAGAUAGCAAAGAUUAAACGGGCUGAAGCUAAGGAGGCAAGCGACAGGGCCGAGGCUGCUUUCAAUCUGGCUAAUGAAAGAUUAGCUGAGGACAGAAGGGCCUACCAGCAAGCAAUGAAAGAUUUGCCAAGUGGAUGGGGCCUUUUUGGCCUGAAGCUAAUAUCAAGUAUGUCAGAGCAAGCAAUAUCAAUAGCCUGUGCGUUUGCAACAGAAUUUCUUCCAGGACAAAUUAUCCAAACCUAUCUCCAAGCGGACACUAUUACACCAAAAGCCAUAACACAUGUGAUCAAAAACUGAAAAGGCACUCCUGAAAGCCACAGAAACAUGGCCACUGGAAUGAAGAGUAACGUGGAUGAAAUGUUGGCAACAAGUAACAUAUUUUCUAAAUCUAUAACAUUUCUACUAGUGGUUGAGAAAAUGGAAGAACUUUGCAAAGGUAAGGAAAUAAAUUGGCCUGAGGUGUAUGAUCAGGAGAAGCAAACGGUAAAGUCUGAUUACUUGGUGGGACUAUUUCAGCAAGUCAGCAGAGAUAUACAGCAAGAAGCUGAAUGCCCGAUUAAAUCCGAGGCACUAGGCAUCUGUGACAAGGGUAUCUCCACUUUAACAGAGCUAGGUAAAUAUGCUCCAGAGGGGAAAUGUGAUGAUGCCAAAACAGAGGAGCUUAUUAAAGCCAUUGACGAACUGAAUGUAAGGGCCAUGGCCUUUUAUUCCAAAAGCAAGUCUUUUACAAAUCAGCCAUCUUUCUUGACAGCACCCCCCAAGUCAAGUCAACAGCAAAUCUAUGACUCAGCAAAUACAGAUGUGGUCCAGAUGCACUUAAGACAAUCUCAUCUACGUCUACAAAUGGCUGAAACCCAGCUAAAAAUUGCAAAUGAACGGAACGAGAAGACUAUGGACAACUUGGAUCAGAAGAAAAAAGCUCUUGCUGAAAUUGUGAGUGAGCUGAAACAUUAUAAUCUCAAGGAGAUCGACUUCAACAAGAGAAUUGUGGUGCUAGCGAAAGGCCUGGAAAUCAUGGGGCAGGUGAAAGAACAGUGGGAGAAACUGGUGCACUUCUUUCAGAUCAUUUCAAACAUUGUUAAGACCACUCUUAGUGAAAAUCUUAAACAUUUUAAACAGACUGUUGAAAUAGCUGUAGAGAACAACUACACCUACAGCAUGUUUGUCAAAGACAAAAUCUACACUAAUGCUCUGAAUGCUUCUGCCUACGCCUAUUUGGUUAACAUGAUGUCUACCACUUACACUGAGGUGUCUGUCCAGUACCUGAUGAACAAUGUCAGUACUCUGGGAAGACUGAUGACCAUGGAUCCAAACUCACCUCAGUUCCUUGCAGAGAUUGACAAGUUAGGGAAGGAAUGCGAAUCUGCCCAAAAUGGUAUCAACAGCCUUGCAGCAAGAAACAGGAAGGAGUUUUACAACAGAUGCGAGGAAAGAAUAACUCAAAUCAAGACAAUCCUUACCGCAGCACUGGCCCCACUGAGUGAAAAGGACAAUCUCAAUCUGAAGAAGGCAAUAGAUGCAAUGAAGGAACCAAUUCAGAAGGUGGAGGAAGACAAACCAGCAACUGAGAUGAAGGCUAUAACUGAGGAUGAUGCUGACCAAUAUGCAUAACUUCAUAAUAGUGCAUUUAAUAGUGCAUUUUCCUAUACUUUUCUUUUCUUUUUUCUGUCAUUUUAAUGUAGUAUGUAUACAGUAUUACAUUUGACAAAAACAUGAUUAGAAGGUUUGACCUAAUUCCUGUCUGUUAAUUUAUUCUGAAUAAUCAA